UCCAGCCCUGCUUUGCUGCCAAACCUGGCUAUGUAGUUGGCACUCCUCAGAACAUGAUACACCGCUGAAGACCUACAGGAGUAUCCAGGCUUUGACUUAUUACAGAUUCAUGGGAUGAAUUUCCAGAUGAAUCUGCUGUAGGAGAGGACAGGGCCGAGUCCUGCCAAGAAGGAAGGACCUGGAAACAGGUAGUGCAGAGCAGCACCAGCAGCAGCAGUAAAAGCAGAAAGGUGGUGACUUCAGGCAAUGUUUCGACCACCGAGUGGUCAAAGGACGGACUGUUGACAGUGUUGAGAGGAAGAGCACCAGAAUGAUGAGAAGCACCACACUGUCUGCAGGAUGUGUCAUUUCUGAAAUAUGUCCAUCAGCUGCUUCUAAAUCAAUUUCAGAGCCCAGAUCACUUCUGCAGUGGAGGACCAGGAAACCGGGUGCAAACAUGAAGGAGAGGAGUGGAGUUUUCCCUGUGUGGAAAGUGCUGCUGGUGGGGAUGUGUGCACUGCUGCUCCUGAGCUCAGCAGGUUUGGUGUUCCUGCUGCUGCGACAGAGAGAGCUGACAGAGGAGCUGCUCAGGUUGGAUGCCCAGAUGCAACUGCUGUCACAGAGCUGCAGGCUGCAGGCAGGAGUCCUGUCCAUGGACCCUGCAGAUGCUGGAGAGCUGAAGAAGCUCCACCGCAGCAGAAGAAACCAGGAGGAACCCACACAAAGCCAAGAUGAGAAGGAUAUGUUAAUGCUGAUGACAUACUCCAUGGUUCCUGUCAAAGCCUUCAUCGAUCUGUGUAACAGCUCCAAAGGAGCUUGUUUAACAGGCCCACCUGGACCACCAGGUUUGCCUGGUAGAGCUGGUUCACCAGGACCACAGGGUGUGCCCGGGCCUGAGGGGAGACGAGGAAAAAGAGGACCCCCAGGUGAAAAGGGAGACCCGGGACCCAAAGGAGACCCAGGACCUCUCCGAGUGAAAGGCGAACCCUACAGUGAUAUUCUCAUUGAGGGUCCUCCUGGUCCAAGGGGUCCACCUGGUCCAUCUGGUCCACCUGGUCCACCUGGUCCACCUUGUCCUGCUUGUUAUUCUAAUGAUGUGACAAACAAAACCUUCAAAGAAAACCUGCAUCCAACCAAUGUGUUGACAGAUUCAUCUCCUGUUGUGACCUUCAAUGAAACCAACACAGAAAACAUCAGCAGCUCCACAGUUAACGAGGCUGAAUCACCAACACCACAUCCAGCCGACGAUAGCAGAGAUGAGUUGAACGUUACUGACUCUAUUAAAGUUGUAGACACAAGCAUGGUCCCCGAAUCACCAACACCAGGUCCAACUGACGACAGCAGAGAUACACUGAAUGUUACUGACUCUGUUAAAGCUUUGGGCAGAAGUAUGGAAACUGAGUCAGUAUUGGAUACCAAUGAUACCAACACAGAGGAUGUUACAGAGGCACUGAUUAAAUUAAAAGACCAGAUUCAAAGCAUUGACACCUUUGAAGGCAGGGAAAACUUUACCAGCACUAUGAGGAAUGACUUCAACACGUGGACUGAAACCAGCAGAGAUGGUUUUACAGAGGCACCAGUUAACUUAUUUACAGGGUCGAUAUCAUUUCAUAAAGACCUCAGUCACGACACCCUGAAUGACUCGAGCACAGACAACAUUACAGAGGGACCAAUUAAAUUACUAACAGCAGUACACACUGCAGACCAAAACAAUGAUACCUUCAAUAUCAGUGGGACCAUUACUGAUGCACUCUUGAAGAGCGAUUCAUAUUCACUCCAGAACAACAAGCGAAAUCUGACAAGUAACGAGAAAUGGACCAAAGCUGAAUCACCAACACCACGUCCAGCUGACGACAGCAGAGAUACACUGAAUGUUACUGACUCUGUUAAAGCUUUGGGCAGAAGUAUGGAAACUGAGUCAGUAUCGGCUCAGUACAGCUACAACACUGCGAAUGACACCAACACAGAGAAUGUUACAGAGGCACCGAUAAAAUUAUUAACAGCCUCUCUUUCUCCAGACCCGAUUCAAAAGAACGACACCGUCAGCGACAGCGGAAACAUUACUGACAUACCCAUGAAAAGUGAGUCAGUAUCAUCUCAUCAAGAUGACAGCUCUGACACCUUGAACGUUACCGGACGAGGAAAUGCUACAAAGGCAUCAACUGAACUUUUAACAUCCUCACUUUCUGGAGACCAGGCUGAAAAGAGGGAUACCUUCAAUAACAGUGGAAACAUUAUGGAUACACCAAUGAAAAUGGACUCUUCUUAUCCCAACCAGAUCAAUUCGACAACCAAUGAGAGAUGGACAAGAACUGAGUGCAGAAUGAAAACUAUUAAAUGUUUGGAGAAGACCACCAAAAUGGAGAGCACUUUUGGAGCCUGGAUGUCCGAUGCAUUUGCGUUGGAUGACGACCGAUACUGGCUGGCUGAGCAUUUUUCAGGUCGACUUUUGGCAGUGCACAGGAACAUUUCGACAUUUCAAAAUAAAAGCAACCAAGUUAUAGACCUCAGGAAGUUCUAUCAGGGCUGUGGUCAUGUCGUUUACAAGACGUCAUUGUACUUUCACAACGCAGGGACAAACAGACUUAUAAAGUUUGACCUGAACACCAGGAGAACAAAGACUCUGAUCAUGCCAAACAGCAGAUAUCACAACCUCACUUAUCUGUUCUGCAACUCCAAGACAUACUUCAAGUUUGCUGUGGAUGAAAAUGGACUGUGGGUCAUUUUUGCAGCAGACACAGAUGACAAAACGAUGGUUGCGAAGCUUAACCCAGACACGUUCUCUGUGGAGUCACUCAUUAACACUCACUACCCUACGACUAAAGCAGGAAAUGCUUUUAUUGUGUGCGGCAUGCUAUAUUUCACAGAUGACAAAGACAGAAGAGUUACAUAUGCCUUUGAUUUAGAGAAAGAGAGUCCACAGGAUGCAAGUUUCGAUUUAAGGCCAGCAAAUGGCAUCUUGGCUAUGCUGUCAUAUUAUCCCAACAAAAAACUUUUGUACAUGUGGGACAACAGCAGCGUGAAAACCUGUAAAGUUAAACUCAAACUGACUUAAAAAAUAACCUCAAACCAUUUAAAAUGAGCAAUAAAAGAUUUUUUUUAACUGUCAGCUGAUCUACAUUAAUUUCUUGAAACAGUUUCCUGGUUUUGGCACAGGAGGAAUUUGCUGAUUGAGGUUCAGUAGGUCACACUGGAUAUUGUUUUCAAUAAAUGUGUGACUCACAUAGUCAAAUCAAUAUUACCAACAACUGCUGAUGAACUGGCGUGUUGAUUUCUAGGAGACAGCAAUAUUGGUUGUACAAAGCAAAUCUGGACAUUGCAUCAGAGAAAUAAAUAAUAUUGUUAAAAUUCA